AUGAAUCUUUCAUCUAUCACUCCGAACAACUCUGAUGGGCCAGGCUUCAAUCUAACUAAGGCCCAAUAUCAAAGCCUUCUUGGCCUCCUGCAACAGGAAAAGCCUAAUCCUAAUCCUCAUAUGUCCGUGGUUUCCUCUCAUCCCAAACAUGUCAAUGUUUCACAAGUGACCAAGUCUAAACCACCUGACUCCACUGAUAUGCAUUUUGGGGUGAUGAAGAAUGCAUUUUUAGGGUUGAGACCCUCACUCUCAACCCCCCUUUCUCACCCUUUUCCAUUCCCAUAUUCCCUUUCCCUCAAACCCCAUCCUUUCUUUCUGUGCUCAAAACCACACCCACUACUCGCAUUUGCAAACAAAGAGAAAGAUUUGAAGGAACAUGGAAACACACAACAAGCUAAACCACCCAAUGGUUCCAAGGAACAGCAACAAGAGAACGAUGAUGGUUGGAGUAAUCAAAGACUACCCCUUUUGGGUUUCAAUUGGAGGACCCUUUUGGACCCCGACCCUAACAACGUCCUUGCACUUGGCUUAACGGGCAUUCUCACAUGGGCAAGUGUGCAAAUCCUCUGGCAGUUCUUGUUCAUAUCUUUCGCCAUUCUUGUUGCUGCCCUCAAGUACUCUUUUGUCGCUGCUCUGCUUGUGUUCAUUCUCAUUGCCCUUCUCUGA